CCAUCUCCACCCCUGGGCUGGAGGCUGCAGGAGGCGCUUCCCCUUGUGCCGUCCUCGCUUCGCCUUCUGCAUCCCACCGCCGCCGCGAGGCAGGCAAGACAUCCUAAAUCUGGCAGCGCACUACUAUUGUUAGGCAGCACCGUACCCAGGCAGCCAUUACUCAGCACUCAACACCCACCCACUGCAGUUAGGGGCGUUUCCAUUUCCAUUUCGCCGCCGACCGGACAUCAUCGCAGGAGAAGCUAGCUAGCCACCAGCCCACCACACAUCCAGGCCGCCGCGCCGGCCGUUCUUCGAAACCGGCCGGGCGUACGUCGUCUUGGCGAAUUGGCUGUCGGUGUUUGGCGCCGGUGGUUUCCGUUUGAUUCGGACACGUACGCACGCGCAUGAUUGAUUGAUCGGCCGGCUGCUUAGUCGGACGUCGUCGUCGCCGGCGGCUGGCUCGUGCAAUGAGCGACGUGUCCGUCCGCUUCGUGGCCCUGGCCCUGGCCGCCAUCUCGCUCGCCGCCGCCGCCGCCGCCGCGCACGACUACGGCGAUGCGCUGCGCAAGAGCCUGCUCUACUUCGAGGCGCAGCGGUCGGGGCGGCUGCCGUACAACCAGCGGGUGCGGUGGCGGGGCCACUCGGGGCUGACGGACGGGCUGGAGCAAGGGGUGGACCUGGUGGGCGGGUACUACGACGCCGGAGACCACGUGAAGUUCGGCCUGCCCAUGGCGUUCACGGUGACGCUGCUGUCCUGGGGCGUCCUGGAGUACGGCGGCGGCGUGGCCGGCGCGGGGGAGCUGGCGCACGCGCUGCAGGCCAUCAAGUGGGGCACCGACUACUUCGUGAAGGCGCACACGGCGCCCGCCGAGCUGUGGGCGCAGGUCGGGGACGGCGACUCGGACCACUACUGCUGGCAGCGGCCCGAGGACAUGACCACGUCGCGCCGCGCGUACAAGGUGGACGCGGAGCACCCGGGCUCCGAGGUCGCCGCCGAGACCGCCGCCGCCAUGGCCGCCGCGUCCGCCGUGUUCCGCCGCGCCGGGGACGCGCACUACGCGCACCUGCUGCUCCACCACGCGCAGCAGCUGUUCGAAUUCGCCGACACCCACCGCGGCCGCUACGACGAAAGCGUCGACGUGGUCAAGAGCUACUACCCGUCCUCCAGCGGCUACCAGGACGAGCUGCUGUGGGCGGCGCUCUGGCUGCACCGGGCCACCGGCCGCCGCGACUACCUCCGCUACGCCCUCGACAACGCCGAGGCGUUCGGCGGCACCGGCUGGGCCGUCUCCGAGUUCAGCUGGGACAUCAAGUACGCCGGCCUCCAGGUCCUCGCAUCCCAGCUGCUGGUGGAGGCCAAGGAGGAGCGGCUGCGGCUGAGCGCGGAGGAGGUGGCGGUGGUGGAGCAGCUGCGGUCCAACGCGGAGUACUACGUGUGCUCGUGCAUGAACCGGAACCCCGGCGGCGCGAAGCACAACGCCGGACGCACCCCGGCGGGGCUGCUCUUCAUCCGGCCAUGGAACAACCUGCAGUACGUCUCCGGCGCCGCCUUCCUCCUCACCGUCUACUCGGACGUCCUCGCCUCGCUGGGCCAGCCCCUACGCUGCGGCUCCGGCGACGACGGUGGCGAACCCGCCGCCGGCGACGCGGGCGACGUGCUGGCUUUCGCCAAGUCCCAGGCCGACUACAUCCUGGGCACGAACCCGAUGCGCACCAGCUACCUGGUCGGAUACGGCGCGGCGUACCCGCGGCGGGUGCACCACCGCGCGGCGUCGAGCGCGUCGUACCGGCACGACCGGGACUUCAUCGGCUGCCUGCAGGGGUUCGACUCGUGGUACAGCGCGCGGCAGGAGAACCCGCACGACCUCGUCGGCGCCGUCGUCGGCGGGCCCAACGGCGAGGACGUCUUCAACGACCACCGCGGCGCGUACAUGCAGACUGAGGCCUGCACGUACAACACGGCGCCCAUGGUCGGGGUCUUCUCCAGGCUCAUGCAGCUGGAGGGGCAGUCGCCACGCCCGGCGCCGGCGCCGGCGGAGGAUCUUUGAUAGGAGAGGUCGUUUUCCUUGAAAGGUUCCCAGCGACAAGUGGUGGUGCGAAAUAAACUUUUCAAAAAGGAUUAAAAAAAGUGAUAUUGAUCGUUUAGGCUGGAUGUAUACAUGAUUCUUUUUGUUGAUUCCUAGAUACUACCAUAUUUGUUUCAUGUCUUUGCACAUAACAAAAGAAUCGAAAAGAAGGAUGUAAAUUUCAAAAAUGAACUCGAUCUGUUAUUUGGCUC